CUCCUGAACUUCCCGGCGAUUUGUGGAGCCAGAUCAACCCAACUUGGUCUCAAAGUUACCGACGGAAUUUUCGUAGGCGCUUCAUGCUUCCAGAUUCCAUCGCCAUUAAAACAAUUAGUAAUCCUAGUAGAGGUCAUUCAUACUACAACGAAAAAGAGAGGUCAGUAACUCUUGGGGAGCAGAGUGUGUUCAGCACGCUCGUGAAGAUAGAGGUGGAACGAGCAACAAUAAGAAACCCCAAAUACGUUCACCUCCGAUUCAGUAAUUCCAACAGGUAUUGGUCGAAGAGGGACAACUGCAACGUCGUCGUUGCUGAAUCAAAGCAGCCCAAGGAAGACGUUACGGAGCCUUCAUGCAGGUUGUUCCAGGCGCCUGGUGAGCCUCCAAAUACGUUUUACUUGGUUCACGUUCCGACCAGUGGGUGUCUGUUGGUAAAUUUGGCGAGCUGUUUUGGAGGAGCGGUCCUAGCUGGAUAUGGGCCGAUUCCGAUCAGUCUUCCUUCAACAACCGCCACACUCUCUUCUGGCCGGUCAAAGUACAAAACAACAACACCAUUGCACUCCGCAACGCCAGCAACAACCAAUACUGCUCUCGUCUUCUCCACCACCAGAGAAGCAAGACUGGUGGUGCAAGAGCUCGUGUCCCAAAGAAACGUCUACAACGUCAGAUAUCGGAUGCAGGACGCUAGGAUAUACGGCGAGCUGCCUUACGUGGCAGGUGCAUCCAUUGUCACCAACACCGGCAGACAAGAGGCUACUAUGGCUGUUCAGGUUACGUAUCAAGACCAGAAAUCUUAUAGUUUUAGCCGUAGCUUUUCUUUAACAGCUGGGGUGGAAACCACCAUCAAAGCUUGCCUGCCCUUUAUUGCGGAAGGAGCGAUCAAAGUCUCUUUCAAUAUAAACCCCGCUCUCCAGUGGGCGGACACCACCACCACAUCAGUUAUGGCUUCGAAUUCGGUUGCUGUACCUGAGAGGAGUACGGUAUGUCGGGACGAGGGGCACUUGCGAUGUUCCUUAUUCCUACACGCAGAAAGACAUGAGCUCCGCCGAUGGCAGUGUUUCUUACACUGAGCAGGUUGAUGGUAUUUACAAAGCCAUGAGCCAUCAAUUGUUACAACUUCCGCUUUGUUUACUAAAUCCACUCAGAUGUUUAUGUAUGAAUCUAGCUUAGAUAUAAGAAAUAAACUUCAUGACGGUUAUUGAUCAUUGGGAAAAUCGGCAUGCGAAUGCUCAGACGAGAUUUUGGGUUUUCUCAAAAUUUAAAUUAUUUGGUCAAGAAUGUCUGCGUAACACAACCUUUU